ACAUUUUCAUUACCCUAUAAAUACCCUCUAUGGGAAGCUGACCAUUGCAGUUGAAUCCUGCACCUUGAAUGGCUUCCUUUGCAACUCAAACUCUCUUCAUCUUGUUCUUGACCCUCUUCUCAACUUUCUUCAUUACAAUUAAUGGAGAGUUCUCAAGUCAAUCCCCUAUAACAUCCACAGAACGCAUGGCGAAAAUGACCCGCCUCCACUUCUACUUCCAUGACAUCGUAGAUGGGAAAAACCCUACAGCCAUGAAAAUCAUUAGGCCACCAAACAAUUCACUUGGUUCAUUUGGUACUACUUUCAUGGUAGACGAUCCAUUGACAGAAAGUCCUGAGCCUAAUUCGAAACUUGUGGGAAGAGCACAGGGGAUUUACGCUUUGGCUUCGCAACAUGAUGUAGGCUUGCUUAUGGUCAUGAAUUUCGCUUUCUCUGAGGGAAUUUACAAUGGAAGUGCACUAAGCAUUCUUGGCUGGAAUGCAGUUUUUCACACGGUCAGGGAAAUGCCAAUAGUUGGAGGUAGUGGACUUUUCCGCUUUGCUCAUGGUUAUGCUUUGGCCAAGACAGUUUGGUUUAAUCAGAAUGGAGAUGCUGUAGUUGAAUAUAAUGUGUCUGUUGUGCACUACUGAACAAGUGCUGUACUUGCUUGGAAUUGAACAAACUUUUGUUUUUCUUGCUUUCAUCAUAUCUACUUGCUUUAAGGUGUUUCUCCUAUAGCCUAAAAAGAGAGUGUGAUUUUCUGGUUUUCUA